GGGAUGUAAUUUGACUGGAAGUCGGGAAUUAUCUGUGAUUAUUUCUUCUCUUAAACGUUUUUAUUCUUCGUAACACGCGAAACCGCCACACAUAACAGCACAUAAGUUUGUGUGUGCGUGUUUUCUUUCUUUGCGUUUUUAGUGACAGAAUUCGUUGUCUUCCAAUUUUAGUGAAAAAAGAACGGCCGAAAAACUACUGAAUUUCGGAAAACAUGGAGACAAGAAGGGAAGGACCCGACUAAGACAAAGUUUCCGAACAAAUCAUUCCAGAAACGAGGGGAAUUCUCUCGCAGGAGGAAAAUAUGUGUUGCACAUCCGUCGAGUUUGGAUUUGAUUUCGUUGCGGCUUUGAAACAAAACCUUUUUGAACGGAAUUCCUGAACUGGGAACUACACCGCUGCAUAUGAGCCCGUCCCUCGCGCAAACAUCAAAGGAUUUUAAACGUUUUCUGACGGAAAAUGUUUUGUUUUUGUUUUUGGAAGUUGGACUACCUAGGGACGGAAUUACAAUGAAAGACUGGACCGUAUGACUGUUUAAAUCAAUCCUUUGAGUAAAUUUACAGAGAUUGGAGUGACCAGACACAUUCUUCUGGUGAAAAAAAAGUCCAUUCAGCGUGUUUAAGGGCCUAAAAAUAAAGUACAUUUAGUUUACCGACUUUCUUUAGUGUUACAAUACCGAUACAGUUGGUUGUGCAAUCUGUACCGCAAACCGACGUGUUUUUACAGUACUGAGAAUUCCGCGUAUGGAAUUAGCUUCACUUUAGGAAUGCCGAAUUGGAAGUAUUUCAAUGGGGGGAAAUGAUAGAAAACCGUCGAGACGUACAAAGUAACAUUUGGGACUGUAACAUUUCCACUGAAUGACUGAAGACCACUGGACUCUCUCGACAUGCAACCGCACAAUCUGUUUAAUUUCUAAGGCAACAUAUUAACAGCAGAUUGUUUCGCUGUCGUUAUUCCAGCUUCGGUUGGGAUCGACAAAUGCGACUGUAUCCACACAGGCAAAGCGGGAAAUCUGUCGGUCCGUGUAGAGGCAUUUUGGCUGUAGGCUAAUGACAGACAGACAGACAGACAGAAAGAGUUGUCUCCAUUGAUCAUCUGUGUGCAAUACGAGUGUGCAUUCAGAUUAAAGACUGCUGAAUGUGUGUUUGAGUUUAGCAUCGAUUUGCGUUUGUGCUCUCUUUAAGAGCCACUGUCAAAUGACUCAGACUACUACAACCAAGACAGACAAUCCGUGGGAAUAUCACACAUAAUCUUGUGCUUCUAUUCAAGAGGAGAAGACAUUCCUGCACAUAUACAGACGAACUGUCAAAGCGCCUCCCGCCUGUUGUUGUUGUUUAUUGUUUCUUCUUUCAAACGUAAAGGUGUUUUACCAUGGUAAAAUGCUGAUUGGAUAAGAGCUGAAGAAAAUCAAGAAAGGAAAGCCCAAUGAGCGGCACACAGUCCACGCUUGCUGAGAGGUUUCCAAAAAAAGCGAGCAGGACAGGAAGUAUUCUCAGCAAAGACCAUCCCCCAGACAAGAAGCCCAAGAGCGACAAGGCAUCAGUCCCCCCCUCGCAUGAGUUUGACCCCACAGGGCUCGUGCAGCGUUGUGUUAUCAUCCAGAAAGAUGAGAAUGGCUUUGGGCUGACAGUGAGUGGAGAUAACCCUGUGUUUGUUCAGCUAGUGAAAGAGGAUGGAGCUGCCAUGCGAGCUGGUGUUCAGACAGGCGACCGAAUCAUAAAGGUCAAUGGGACAUUAGUAACACAUUCAAAUCAUGUAGAAGUCGUAAAGCUAAUAAAAUCGGGUUCCUAUGUAGCCCUGACCGUGUUGGGGAGACCGCCGGGACUGCCUCAGAUCCCCCUGUCGGACGGUGAGGGUGAGGAGGGGCCUCUCUCCCCUGGACUCAUCGGUCCAGACCGCUCCUCUUCCUCGCCCAGCCCCUCAGAGCGCAAAUCAGCCCCUCUGUCUUUAUGGGCCAUGACGGAGGAGUACAGCAGGAUCCCCACACCUAAACUACUGAAGGAAAUCCAGGAAGCCAAGAAGCACAUUCCACAGUUCCAGGAGCAGCUCAGCAAGCCCAUUGGGACUGGACAGGACGGCUCCUUACCUCCAAGGCCAGGUGAAAGAGAACUGGAGGAUGGGGCGGGAGACUCCGAUCGGCCCCCUUCCUGGCAGGGCAGUGCUGGAACGGAGCCGUCAUGGACCAACUACACAACGAACCCUGUUACUCCUAGUCCUGUCCCAGAGAGCCCAUGCCAAAGAGAGACCCCCUGCCACAGCCCAAAGACCACACCCCAUGAUAGCCUCAACUCCUGCCCUUCACCGGACGCGGAAGACACACCUGAUCUAGACUCUCAGUCAAGUGUGGGGAGCCCCUCCUCUCGUGUGGUCCCAAAUAUCAUUGGUGCUGAGGAUGACGACUUUGACACAGAGCAGGAACAGAUGAAUGGCCUGUGUAGCUGUUUUCAGAGCAUAGACCUCCUGAAGUCUCGGCCUGCUCACCUGGCAGCUUUCAUCCAUCAUGUGGUCUCUCAGUUUGACCCUGCACCGCUGCUGUGCUACCUCUACACUGAACUCUACAAGCAGACCAGCUCCAAAGAAACACGGCGAAUCCUCAUGGAUACCUUCUUCGUGGACAAAACAGCUAGUUUGAAAGUGACAGUGCCUGAAUCCAUCAUAGCUGACUUGGAGCGGACUGCACACUCGAUUAAUGCCGAACGGAAGAGGCCCGAGCCCAUUUCAGAGGACGUCCACAGACAGUACGUUCAGCAGCUGCAGGACACACUUCUACCUGACAUCCAGAAAAAUCUAGAGGACUUUAGACACAAGCGCAGUAUGGGUCUGACGCUGGCGGAAGCAGAGCUGACCCGUCUAGACACUGAGAGAAUGAGAGACCGGGUGGCUCUGGAGAAAGAGCGAUCCUGCGCAGAGCACAUCAUUUCCAAGUUAGAGGACGUACUAUUGACGUCACAGCCCACAGAGGAAGAUAAGUGUAGCACCAUGCAGUUUGUGAUACUGUCGUAUAUGAAGCAGUUGGGUGUUAAAGUGAAGGAGUCUCGAGGGCUGGAGCACAAGCCCAAACUAAUGAACCUUUUCCCUAAGAUAAAGAAGAGUAUAAAGCCUGAAAAAGAUGGAAGUGAGGAGAAAUCCAAGAAACCACGAUUUUCUGGUGUCUUCCCUCCAAGACGGCCGAGCGGGAUUAAUGCUUCAUCACUCAGCAAGGCUCUGGAGUUGAGACAGCGCCCACAGAAGCCUCAACUGCCAUUGGGUGUGGGGGAGCAGGCAGAAGGGUCGUCUCCUCCGGUAAGGGGCAGUCAGUCCAGUGAAGGCUCAGAUGGUACUGCUGCCCUGGUCACAUCACCUCCUCACAGUGCACCAGCUGCACAGAGCUCCGACAGCAUCAGCCGAGACUCUGACGCUGGUGGAGUUCCCUCUUCAGCACUGUCCAGACUAGGAGAGGGUGCUGUCCCAGGAGACCUGCAAGACUCGUCAUCUUCAAACACUCACUUUGACUUCAGCCCUUGUACCCUGGAACAUCUGCAGGAGGAGGAGCCUGAGACAGACAAGACGCAGGACACAGGAACCCCCAGGCCUGACCGGAGAAUGGAGCCGCUGGGCUCUGGAGAUGUUCAAAGUGAAGAUGAUCAGGUAGCUGAGGUGGAGCUGGAGCAUCCUCACUGGCAGACACUGGUGAGCAGAGACGUGUUGGCCACACUCACCCCUCAGGAAAUCAAAAGACAGGAAGUCAUGAAUGAGUUGUUCUAUACUGAGAGAGCACAUGUGAGGAUGCUGAGGGUUCUGGACACUGUGUUUUACCAGCCGCUGAGCAGAGAGACCAUCCUGCCUCCUGCAGACAUCAAAAACAUCUUCACCAAUCUCGACGAGAUCCUUCAGCUGCACAUGUCCUUAAUGGAACAAAUGACAACCAUUCGGAAAAAGAACGAGACGGUGGUAAUUGACUCAAUAGGAGAUGAUCUGCUGUCCUGGUUCAGUGGGGAAGAGGAAGAGAAGAUCAAGAGAGCAGCAGGCACAUACUGCAGUAAUCAGCCUUUCGCCCUGGAACUCAUCAAGAGCAAACAGAAGAAAGACCAGCGCUUCAACUCUUUCAUACAGGAGGCGGAGAGUAACCGGAAUUGCCGCAGGCUGCAGUUGAAGGACAUUAUUCCUGUGGAGACACAGAGGCUCACAAAGUAUCCUCUUCUGCUGGAGAACAUCGCCAAAUACACUGAGGACCCAGAGGAGAGAAGUAAAGUGAAACGGGCUGGUGAGUGCUGCAGAAAGAUCCUCACUCACGUCAACCAGGAGGUGAAAGAAGCAGAGAACAAACAGAGGUUAGAAGACUACCAGAGACGACUGGACCUGUCCUCACUGAAGCAGAGUGAGAAUCCCAUGAUUGCUGAAUUUAAGAUUUUGGACUUGACUAAGAGGAAAAUGGUGCAUGAAGGACCCUUAUCCUGGAAAGUCAACAAAGACAAAACUAUUGAGCUGUACACACUGCUGCUGGAGGAUAUCUUGGUGCUACUUCAGCGGCAGGAUGAGAAGUUGAUCUUAAAAUGUCACAGUAAGAAUCUGGCUGGAACCGCAGAGACCAAACACAUCUUCAGCCCCAUCAUCAAACUUAGCACAGUGAUGGUGCGCUCAGUCGCCACCGACAACAGGUCAUUCUUUGUGAUCUCUAUGUCUGAUAAUGGAGCCCAGAUCUACGAGUUAAUGGCCCAGACUGUAUCUGAGCAGAGGACGUGGCAGUGUCUAAUUACACAAAGAGCAGACUGCAUGAAGACCAAACUACACAACAUCAUUCCAUUACCUCAGACUGAUGGGGAACGUGAAGAGGUUGAGUUGUUGAACUCUGGUGUUCAGAAGCUUAAAGACUCUGAGCCCAUUUCCUUAAGGAGCAUUCAGUCCCCAGAGAAAGAUGACACCGAGGUCAUGCAAAACCCACCAAUUAGCACCAACCCGUUUGAGACCAAAUCAGAUGAGGAAGAAGAGGAGGAAGAAAGCUCACUACAGGAUCAAGGUGAAGAUGAUGAAGCAUUCUUAGUGGCUGAUCUGACUGAGAGACUGACAUUCCUGAAGCAGCGCUCGAGGCAGGGCAUCGCCAUAGAUGAGGACGAGGCCGAAGCCUUUGAGCUCCAGCCGCUAAGAGCGGAUGAAGCUCUCAGAACAUUGGCAGCACUGAGACAGCUCCUGAUCAACCACGUGUCUAGUCAGGAGGACACAGACAGAGACACUGAGAGAGAAGAGCAUCAGCAGGAGCAUGUGCAGAGGACGACCUUUCAGCAGGGGACACAGGACAGCGCUGUGAUUGGGUCCUCUGUUGAGAACGGCACUGAGAGGACAGAAAGAGGCGAGACAAGAGGAGGGAACACACAGGAACUGCCCUCUGGAGACACAGGCUUCUUUGAGACGCCUGAAGAUUGUGUCUCAGCAGGCAGUUAUAUGGUGCUGGAGGGUUACGGAUGCUCGGGUGAGAGCAGCACAGAUGAUGAUGUACAGGGCAGCAGCGGGGAGCCAGUGGCUGGUAGAGACUCGGGCAUUGACUUGAAGAAGCUCCUCUCUUCCUCGUCCCAGAGCAGUGGAGGACCAAACCUUAACAGACAGAUCAUGACUCACAUACGUCUACUACAGGUCAACCUGCAACACCUGAAGGAUAUAGAGAUCAAGUAUAAUCAACUACGCCAAAGGCUAUCAGAGGAAAAAGCUACAGACACAGAGGGAAACAAAGAUGAAAGUUAGUGAAGUGGGGCUCUCUCUCUCACAUCUGUUUAUUCAGACCAGAGAAGACACAGAGACACUGAUAAUUCUGUUCAUCAGCCUGCUCUUGCAAAGUCCUUAUACAAUGAUAAUGCUGUACAACAGCCGUGCACAGACAGAGACAGAAUGAACAGGAGAUCUUGAGUUUCCAUUCGCACACUCACAAUACAGGACGGAUCAAGUCACUCUCCAAAUCUCUGUCCAUCUGCGUACCAGCAGAUAAAAUCAUGGUACUCUGACAGUGAUGGCCAUGUAAGCAAAAGUCACUGCCUCUCACUCAACCACAUGCAUCAUUCCUUCAGAAAGCCUCCUUGUAGCCCAAUAAACCACAUUUUUCUUGAACAUUGGACGAAACAAAAUGUCAUCUCCCCCAAGAUAUCCUUUCUACUUAUUUGUGGUAUUAAGAUUCUGCAUGCAAACAGGGAUGUUCAUGGAUGUGCUGCACUGCCUGCUUGUUCUGACUGGAUGAGAUUAGAGUCAAUAUUAGCCAGCGAAAAUACAGCAUGAGUGUCACAAGAUUUAUUUUAUUGAGCUAUCUUUGCAGAUCUUUGUCCUAACCUUGUCUCAAGUGAAUUAGACGAAUCAUCCACAGCAUGUUUGUUUAUAAGGAUGGCAGAGCAGAUCGUUCAAAAUGGUAUGCAGUAUGUGCGAUUGAAAUAUUUAGACAGCGAGUGGUGUUUUGAUUGAAGCACUGCAAGUUGAUGUAUGGAGAAUAUUAAUUUAAUCAUCAUGAGCGUUCUUAAAAUCAAACAUCUCUUAGGGGAGAGCCCAGAGGCUUGACUGAUCUUGCUGCUCUAAAAUAUGAUGAGUAAAAUGCUGUCUGGCAACGAAGGCACGUGAAAUCCAAACUCGGCGUGACGCUAGUAUCUAAUAUCGUGACAACAUAAGGAGUCUGAGGAUGGGCUGAUGAUUGUUGUGCUACUCAUUCCUCCUCAAUUAAUAAACCACAUUCUAUUUAAUUGAAGCUACUGAAAGAGUUUUCUCUGGCUUAUGGCCGUGAGAAAACCGGACCUUUCCUUAUGUCAUCGGGUUGGGCUCGACCCGACCUGUCUUAUGGUUUUUAUUGGUUUUGAGAAUGAAGGUAAAUAGAAAGAAGCUUCAAUGCAGGAACUUGAUAAAGACCCUUGGUGGUCCAUUUUAAAUGUAAUGUAUUGUACAAUUGUGACCAACACUGCAUCUCUUACAGAGACGGGAUUUUGUUUGAUUUUUUUCUUCUUUUGUUUUCUAAAGCAUUCAGUCAUGUAUUAUUUUAACAGAAACUACUAAAAAGAAGAAAAAUGUAAUCCUUUAAUAUUAAUGUAAUCUGUAUUAUUAUCUGUCUAGAUGUUUGAGGUAUUUUAUUAUGGAGCAUUAUUAAUAUGGUCUUGGCUUUCUAUUGAGAACAUGAAUAGCUCUGAAUA